AUGGCAAAGGCUCCUACACCAAGAGUGAUUUUUGUCCGUCACGGCCAGACAGAAUGGUCCAAAUCGGGCCAGUACACCUCCAUCACCGACUUGGAGCUCACUCCAUUCGGAGUUGUCCAGAUGAGAAACACUGGUAAGCACUUAAUUGGCGCUUCACCUUUCCAAAUCGUGAAGCCACAGAAUUUGAAGUUGGUUUUGACCUCACCUCGUACCAGAGCAAAACAGACUGUUCAAUUAUUAUUGGAAGGUGUGGACGAUUUGACCAGAUCCAAGAUUCCUAUUGAGGAGGAGAACAACUUGAGAGAAUGGGAGUAUGGCGACUAUGAAGGGCUUCUCACGUCCCAGAUUCUUGAUUUGCGCAAGCAGAGAGGCCAUACGGACGACUGGAAUAUUUGGGGUUAUGGAUGUGAGGGAGGUGAGGAUUAUAAACAGGUGACCGAGAGAGUGGACAAGGCCAUUGAACGCAUCAGAGAAGUGCAUGCACAGGCAUUCAAGAACAAUGUUGCAUGUGAUGUGAUAGUGGUGGCCCAUGGCCAUAUCUUGAGAUGUUUCGCUGCCAGAUGGGUGGAUAGACCAAUCAACAUUAACCCCAAUUUAUGUUGGAUGCUGGAGGAGUAG